AUCUGACUUCAUUCGUUUGUUGAUAGUUGAGUUGAUACUGCUGUUUGCUGUGCUGAGUGGAGCGCUUUCCAAUAUUUUAUUUAAAAUAAUAAAAUAAAUUAAAUUACAAAAAUGAAUCGUGCACGAAGAAAUACCCAAAACUUUAUACAAGGAAAUGAUCAAGUUGGAUCCCUUCCUGGUACACCGCGCCCACUCAAAGGAAUUAAUACUGGGACACCAAAUUCUACACCAGUUAAAGUACCAUUGAAACCAAUACUUAAGAAGACCGAUAAGCCAAUACUUGUAGCUCCUAUUGUCGAAGCAAAACCCGAAGCAGUAGAUGAACUUCAGCCUAAGUCACAAGUACAGAAUCAGCCGCAAGUUCAAGAUAAACCUGAGUCUCAACAGCAAGAGCAUCCUCAAUCUAUGGGUUCAAAUGAUGAAACAUCUAAUCUCUCAAAUGCUGUUAGUUCCGAGUCUGUUGAGGUAACCGAGGAGAAUGGUGGCAGUCCACGAAAGCCGUUUUUCAAAAAAAUCUUUGGUGGAAUUCGUAAGAAGCCUUCAGUUCGUGCCAAGGAGAGAAAAAUUCGUCAGAACCGUCAUUUGCGUAAAGUUAUCUUGCCCAAGAACGCACUGAUGGCGCUUUACGAGAUCAAAGGCAUCCAAAUUGGAGAUUUUAUCAUCAAUAGCAACAUGGAAGGUGGCUUUACAGCUUUAGUAACAGUCAAUGAUUGUCAAUAUGAGGGCGUUGGCAAUUCAAAGGGCAAUGCUAAGACAAAUGCAUGUGAAAAAGCUCUUCGGGACUUUGUGAUCAAAAAGAUGAUGCAAAAGCCCCGUGAAAAGUCCGUCUCCGAACCAAUGGAUGCUGCAAAUUCAAAUGAUGCUACAAACGGUGAUGAAAGUAACUUAUCUUCUGAAGAAACCGAUGAUGUUCCAAUGGUAAAUCUAGCUUCCUUCGCUUUGUACAAAUUGUUCACUGCUUGGGAAAAUGAGGGCUUCCAUGUGCCAGAGUUCCACCCAAGUGCACCUCAACACAAUAAUUCUCAACAAAAUACUGAUGCAGUUGUCUCAAAGAAGCCCGUUGGUCGUAAUGAAUUGCCACCUAACUGGGAAAUCAUGCAUCCAGCUACUCUUUUGUGCAUUAUGCGGCCUCGUUUAACUUACACAGACUGUGGCAAUAAUGGAGAUACCACUAACCCUGCUCAGACAGUUAAAGUUAUCGUCGAUGAUAGGGAAUUCGUUGGUGUGGGUCGUUCUAAAAAAAUUGCACGAAAGAAUGUUGCCAUUCUUGUGUGCAACAGUCUUUUUGGGACCAAUUUCCAAGUACCAGUUGAGGAAGAAUAAGAAGAUAUUAAUUUUUGACUUUCCUAACGUAUUAAUGCAGUGUUUGACAAUUAUUCUCGACAGCGUAUAUUAUGCGACGGAAGCAAACUAAUUUUAAAUUUAUAUUUUAAUGCGUUAAACUGACGAAUUAUUUAAUGCAAACAUUCUAAUUUAAAAUAGUAUUAGUAAUUAUGUAAUAAUUUUAUUUUUUUUUAUUUUAACUGAUCAGAUCGGAAAAUACAUUUUUAAUUAAUGUAGAAGAUAAAAAGAGACUUUGCUUUCAUCUGCUGAAAAUGGUAGUUUAACUCAAUAAAACUGAGUGUUUUUAUUUAAAUAUAAGUUGAAACAAAACAAAAUGAAUAAAGAUACAAAAAAUUUCA